GAGUCUUCUGUUUUUCAAAGAUCACGACGUUUUAACUAUGGCAUCAUUAUAUUUUCCUCAGUGGGUCGCGAGCUUUGUCCUCUUUGCCCAGGCUGUGGGCGCCCUGGACACGUUUGUGGCUGCUGUGUAUGAGCAUGCUGUCAUAUUGCCAAACAAAACAGAAACCCCCGUUUCCACCGAAGAGGCUUGGCUCCUGAUGAAAAAGAACAUAGAUGGUCUGGAGAAAGCAAUCAAGCUGGCAGCCAAGCAGGGUGCACAUGUCAUCGUGACCCCAGAAGAUGGAAUCUAUGGUUGGAUCUUCACCAGGGAGACCAUUUACCCCUAUCUGGAGAAUAUCCCGGACCCUGGAGUGAACUGGGUUCCCUGUAGAGACCCUAAGAGGUUUGGCUACGCUCCAGUACAGGAGAGACUCAGCUGCCUCGCCAAGGAAAAUUCCAUCUAUGUUGUGGCAAAUAUGGGGGACAAGAAGCCAUGCAAUGCUACUGAUCCUCAGUGUCCUCCAGAUGGUCAUUAUCAAUACAACACCAACGUGGUGUUUGACACUGAGGGUAGGCUAACAGCCCGCUACCAUAAGUACAAUCUAUUCGAACCAGAGAUUCAGUUUGAUUUCCCCAGCAAUUCAGAGCUGGUGGCCUUUGACACUCCCUUUGGGAAGCUUGGCAUCUUCACGUGCUUUGACAUCUUUUCCUAUGACCCAGCUGUGAUGGUUGUGAAGGACUCUCAGGUCGACAGUGUUCUCUACCCUACGGCGUGGUACAAUACUCUACCUCUGCUUUCAGCCGCCCCGUUUCAUUCAGCCUGGGCCAGAGCCAUGGGAGUGAACCUGCUGGCUGCAAAUACCCACAACACCAGGAUGCACAUGACAGGGAGUGGAAUCUACAGCCCGGAAGCAGUCAGAGUGUACCACUAUGACAUGGAGACAGACAGCGGCCAGCUGCUCCUAUCAGAGUUGAGAUCUCGGCCCCGCCAGCAUGCCUCUCCUGUGGAGGUUGACUGGAGUGCUUAUGCCAGAAGUGUCAAGCCAUUCUCAUCAGAGCAGGCAGACUUCCCGGGGAUGAUUUAUUUUGAUGAGUUCAGCUUCACCAAGCUUACGGGAAGCACCGGGAAUUACACAGUUUGCCAAAAGGACCUGUGCUGCCACUUAACUUACAGGAUGUCUGAGCGUCGACUGGAUGAGGUGUAUGUCCUGGGUGCCUUUGACGGACUGCACACAGUGGAAGGCAAAUACUACUUACAGAUAUGCACACUGCUGAAGUGUCAAACCACCAACCUGAAAACUUGUGGGGAACCAGUGGGGUCAGCUUUUACCAAGUUUGAAGAAUUCUCUCUCAGUGGCACCUUUGGGACAAGCUAUGUUUUCCCACAGAUCGUCUUAAGUGGGAGUCAGCUUGCCCCAGAAAGAUAUUAUGAGGUCACAAGAGAUGGACGUCUCAAGAGCCGAGGAGGAGCUUCUUUGCCUGUCUUAGUGAUGGCCCUGUACGGAAGAGUGUACGAGAAGGACCCUCCACGCUUGGGGCAGGGACCUGGGAAGUUACAAUGAGCCUCUUCACUGGGGACUGUCAGGAUUAGCCUAGCACAGAGAGGGGGCCGUACAUGAGAGAGAGAGAGUGGGCAU